AUGACCCCAGAUCCCUCCGAAGUGCAAUACAGUAACGACCCUCGGAUCAACAACAACGUCGUGUUGAUCUCUCAGCUCAUUGAGCUUGGUUUCCAGCUCCCUCAAUGGCACCUCCCACUCAACCGUAAACUCUCCCUUAUCCAACCUCUGCUGCCCCUCUUCCUCCCCAUCUUUAUCUCUCGCACAAAUAAAAACUGCGCUGAGCUUCGCAGCAAUAGGCACCGGCUCCGAGGUCAACGGAGGGCUCGCUGGCCCAAUCACCGAGCCUGUCUUGGUAGUUUCCUCUUCCAGCUCCCUCACAGCAGUCUGCUCGGCCGUCUCGGCCCUGCGGCGGCUUACAAAGCCAGCUGGGAACUCGAUCGUGUCGGCUUCGUAUUGGGGGCGGAACUGCUGAACCAGGAUAGUGCACCACCUUCCCCGGGAGUCUCUGUAGAUGUUGGGGACCAGCAUCCCGACUGGCUGAUGCAGGUCAGGGUAAUUGCGGAGGAAGACAAAGUCCCGUUCUCGGAUCACUUCAUCUUUGUCUCUUGGGUCAAUGAAAGCUCGGAGGAGCGGGAUAGGUCACCGUUUAUCAACCUGAGGUGGGCUUACCUUAGUAUGACCAGUCGAUACACGAUACAGUCAUCCAUCAUCACCGAACAAGGCUAG